UGCGCCUGAACGUACGACGGCUGAUCUGAACCGGAAUCGAACGGCCAUAUCUCAAGCGAUUCGAUUCGAGUCGAUACGAUUCAACUCGUGCAACGCAACGCAAGCAACAAACAAACAAACAAACAAAGUGCAACCACCCAAAGCAAGCCAACAAUCUUCGGCGUGUGCCCAAGACAUCUCAUUAUCAUUGCAACUUUUGAACCAUAUAGUAGUUCCGUAGUAGUUGUGCCGCGAUUUUCGAUAGAGAAACACCCAGUUCGAGAUUUUUGGCGCGUUGCGAUCGUGCGUGAGUGAAAACUAUCUAUCAGAUACUCAUUGUUACUCAUAGAUACUCAUGAAUACUUUGAAUUCCGUGCUAGUUUGUGAUAAGAAUUUCAAGAUAAAUUCACAUAAAAAACAAAAAGGCUGAAAAGCAAGUGUUGGAAAAACAGGAAUCAAGAAAAUCAACUGUUCAGAGGAAAAACAGACAGAGCUUCGUUGACAUUGGCAGCUGAUUGAUUAAGAAAACUACAAAAAUUACGGAGUGGCCCAGGAUGCGAGCGGGUCAGUGACACGUGACAUGGCCGAGGGCUGCGAGGACUCUGCCGGUGCCGCUGAAUCCACGACGUCACAGUCACAGUACACAACGCUAGACAAGAUGCUCGGUACGGUGCUGCCAUGUGAGGCGGCCAUUGGUGCGACGCCCGGCGGCAGUAGCAGCAGCAGCAACAGCAGCAGCAACAUCGGCGGCAACACCAGCAGCGGCAACAACAACGGCAGCAAUAUUGUGAAGCGAGAGUUCUGCGAUGGAAGCCUGAUGCCCGGUGCCGGGGCCAGUGUUAAUAAUAAUAAUGCCAACACCACCAACAACAACAAUAACAAUAACAACAGUAGUAGCAACAACAACAACAACAAUACCAAAAUGCAGGCUAUGAUAUGCAACAAGAGCAGCACCAGCAACAUCAACAGCACCAACAACAACAGCAGCAGCUCCUCGUCCUCAUCGUCGUCGUGCUCGUCAUCCUCAUCAUCCUCCAGUUCGGCCACCAGCACCCUGACCAGCUGCACCACCGCCGCCGUGGUGCCCUCCAAUUGCUCCACCAAUGCCAACAAAUCGCCGGUUUCGCCCUAUUCCCAGAGCCUCGGCGGCAUGGCCAUUGGCAUCGGAGCGGGAGCGGGCAGCAGUCCGCUCCGGGAGGCCAGUCCGCUGCCCAGCAGCCGCUCACCGCUAAACGCCAUCGCCACCGCCGCACUUGCCGCCAAGUCACCGUGCAGCGGAGCUGCGCCCGCUUCACCGCCGUCGGCCUCCUCGAACAGCUCGUCUCAUGUCCUGGCGCUCAACAUUAAAACCGAGUCGGACUUUGACAAGGAGAUCAGCUGCCACAAGAUCCAUUCGCCCAGCAGCAGCAGCCACGCCCACUCCCUGCAUCACCACCUCCACCACCACCACCAUCAUCAUAAUCCCCACCACAGUAGUCGCAGCAACAACAACGACGAUGAAAUGGAGAUUACGGACGGCCACCCCCUCCUCUCGCCCCCGCCCCCCUUGCACUCUCACUCGCACUCGCACUCCCCAUUCGACAGUAAGGAUCACGUCAAAGAGCUGGAGUUCUACAAGAAUCUGGCUGCCAAGGCCGCCUCCCUGGCCAACCAGCACUCCUCGCCGCCCCUGCCGCUGCCACUCCCCCUCCCGCUGCCCAUGCAGAUCGACGGCGAGGAGGACGACAACGAGGGGGAGGGCGAGGCGGACGCGGAGGCGGAGGAGCAGGCUGCGGAGGUGCUGCGACUGCGGCGCGAAGAACAGGCCCAAGCCAAGGCCUUUGCCGCCCAUCUGAACGGAACUAUGCAAGACAUGAUAAAUUUGCAAAAAUUACAAAAUUUGGCCACGCUACAACAGCAGCAGCAGCAGCAGCAGCAACAACAGCAGCAACAUCCGCAUCCGCAUCAUGGGCAUCAGCAUCAUCAUCACCAUCCCGCCACGGCCGCUGCACUGGCAAGUCUUCAAGGAUUAGCCGCCUCCGUGUUCAAUUCGCCGUUGAAUCUGAGCGUGGGCGGUGAGCCCGCAGGAACCACGGCAUCAGGAGCGGCGGCUUCGACGGCGGCGGCCGCCUCCCCCACCACCCACAAUGGCGGCAAGAGCAAGACCGCCAAGGGCGGCAGUUCCGGCAACAAUAACAACAGCCACUCCGGUGGAUCGUCCUCGAAUCCGGGGGCCAGCUCCGCCCAACAGCAGCAACAGCAACAGCAGCAGCCGGAUAAUCCCAGCAGCAGCAGCUCGCCGCACCACCCCCUCAGCGCCUCCUCGCUGGCGAAUGUCCUUGCGGCGGCCACCGCCUCGCCGCCGCCCACUUUGGCGGCGCCCCCGGCCAGCGCCCAGAUGCCCCAGCUGAUUCUCGCCUCCGGGCAGCUGGUGCAGGGCGUCCAGGGUGCCCAGCUACUCAUACCCACGGCCCAAGGCAUUGCUGUUCAGACCAUUCUUACCAUUCCGGUGAGUCCGCAGAUUCCCACCACGGAGCAGUUUCUGCCCAACGCAUUCGGGGCCUUUGCCAGCUACCAGCAGCAACAGCAGCAACAACAGCAGCAGCAGCAACAUCGCGAGCAGCAGCGUGACUUGUUGCCACCUUCAUUGGCCGCCCUGCAACAUGCCACCGCGUUGCCACAAUUGGCCCAGACACCCACGAAUUUACUGAAGCCCAAUCUCUUUUCGACGGGCGUGCAGCAGCUGCUGACGGCUCUGCACCCAGAGCUCUUUGCUGCGGCAGCUGCAACACAUCAGCAGCAGCAGCAGCAGCAACAACAGCAGCAGCAACAGCAGCAGGUGCAGCAACAUCAGCGUGAAAGGGAGAGGGAAAGGGAGAGAGAACGAGAACGAGAAAGGGAGCAGCACUUGGGCAUUGGUCACCUGCCGCACUCCCACUUGGCCGCCGAUCUGCGUCGCUCCGCGGAGCGAUCUCCGACGGCGGGCUCGCCCACGGGCGGUAGUCCCGGCCUGCCCGGCAAGGGACCGCCCCCGCCGCCUCCCGCAGCCGCCUUCCUGCUGCAGCAGCAGUUGCACAUCAAGCCCGAGACGCAGACCCAUCUGCACCACCACCUGCAGCAGUCGCAGUCGGGGUCGGCGAUCUCCUCCUCGCUGCCGCAGAUCAGUCUGCGGCAUCCGGACGAGCUGACCAAUCCGCAAAUGGAGCUCAAGCCGCUGGAGUUGAGUGCCGGCGGCAAUUCGCCGCCGGCGCCGCCACCGCGUCACCAUUUCGGGCACAGUUUGCGUGGAGCCUCGACGGUGUCGCCGAAGCACAGUCCGCAGGGCAGGAUGGGCGGCAAUGGCGGCCCGUCUGCCACCGGCAUGAAUCUCAGCCAGCAUCACGAGCGGCACGAACGGCACGAGCGGCUGGAGCGACUGGAGCGACAAGAACGGCUCGAAAGGCGGUCGCACACGCCCACGGCGACGGCCACCAGGGCCAGCGUAUCGUCCAGCUCGGGAGGAGUAGGAGGAGGAGGAGGAGGGGGCCACCUACCCUCCGGACGGCUAUCGCCGCCCAGCUCCGCCCCCCUCAGCUCGUCGGCGGUCAACAGCAUCAGCGACAGAGGCUACACUUCCCCGCUGUUCCGCACGCACUCGCCCCAGGGCCACGCCCUCUCGCUGGGCGGCUCGCCCCGUCUGGAGCGGGACUACCUGGGCAACGGGCCCAGCUCCGGAGCGGCCACCUCGACCAGCGGCGGCUGUGGAGCGCCCACGGUGGCGGGCUCGAGUGCAACGGCCAACGUACUUAGCAGCAUCAACAGAUUGAAUGCCGCGAACGGUGAGCUGACCAUCACGAAAUCCCUGGGGGCACCUACGGCCACCGCCACGAGGGCUUCGUCCGCCUCGCCACGCGAUGAUUCGCCGGGUCCGGGUCCCUCCACGUCGAGUGUCUCUCACAUGCAGCCGCUCAAGCUGAGCCCCUCGUCACGCAGCGAACCGCCGCACCUGUCGCCAAAUGGAAACGACAAUGACAACGACCUGCUCAUGGAUUCACCGAAUGAACCCACCAUCAACCAGGCCACCACCAAUGUGGUGGACGGCAUCGACCUGGACGAGAUCAAGGAGUUCGCCAAGGCCUUCAAGCUGAGGCGCCUGUCGCUGGGCCUCACCCAAACCCAGGUGGGCCAGGCCCUGUCGGUGACCGAGGGACCCGCCUACAGCCAGAGUGCCAUCUGCAGUGCACUCGCUGCUCAGAUGUACGCCGCUCAACUAUCGACGCAGCAGCAGAACAUGUUCGAGAAGCUGGACAUCACACCAAAGAGCGCACAGAAGAUCAAACCUGUGCUGGAGCGCUGGAUGAAGGAGGCCGAAGAGAGCCACUGGAACCGCUACAAAUCGGGCCAGAAUCAUCUCACCGACUACAUUGGCGUGGAACCAUCGAAGAAAAGGAAACGGCGUACAUCCUUCACGCCGCAGGCUCUUGAGCUGCUGAAUGCGCACUUCGAGCGGAAUACGCAUCCUUCGGGCACCGAAAUCACCGGACUGGCCCAUCAACUCGGCUACGAACGCGAAGUGAUCCGGAUCUGGUUCUGCAACAAGCGGCAGGCGCUCAAGAACACAGUGCGCAUGAUGUCCAAGGGCAUGGUAUAGGGCCAGGGGCCCUUGUAAAUAGCUGGCCCGUGUAUAUAGCUAGGUGUCUAAGUGAGAGUGUGUUGAUAUCCGUGUGCGUGUGCGUGUGCGUGUGAGUGAGAGUGUGUAUUACAGUGUGAUAGUUGUACAACACCCUAGAGUUUAGCAGUUAGGCCAUGUAAAGUAAUACUGUGUGUCAUAGCAUUUACAAAUGACAUCGGAUUACGCAAGCGAACCACAACAACCCGAAACCCAAGAACCCAAUCCAAUUGAAUAUCUAGCCAUCUAAGUAAAACUACUUAACACUUAUCAUAUCCCAAAUAGCCUAAAAGUAGUCUAAAGUCCCCAAGGCAGACUUGUGCAGUUUUAGGCCAAAUUUUAUCACAUUGAUGUGCCAUUCCAAAAUAAAAAGAAGAAAACCACGUAACAAAUUACAUACUAAAUGUUUAAAACCAUUUAAACCAAAACUGCAUAAAAUCUAUGUACGACCCACACAGUCUAAGGAAUUCUGUAGAGCUCGUAAGCGAUGAGUAAAAAUAUUUGCAUUUAAUGCGUUGGCUAAAAUUGUAUACCGAAAUGAAUCUGAUUUCAAAAAUUUAUAAAACAAAUUAUAACCCUAGCAGUUAGCCAGUUCAGACUCGAAAACUAAGAAAAUUCUAUAUGGUAGCACUCAAAACGAACAAAAGCAAGCUAUAAAGACAGCAAGUGUUUAGAAUAAGCAACAUUAUGUAGCAAUUUAACAAAUUAUGAUUGAAAAGAAACGAAAAAAUAUUUCAACUACGAAAUUUAAAUGGUACAUAGCAAGAAAACAGCUGCAACUGAACAAAUAUUUAAAU